AUGGUUUCAGCUACUUCUUCUCCCCCUUCUAAGGAGGAAGUAGAGACAGAUCAAAAAUGGGUGGACAAUGGACACGCUCGCAGUGCAAAAUGGUGGUACUCAACUUUCCACACCGUGACAGCCAUGAUAGGUGCAGGUGUUCUCAGCCUUCCGUAUGCCAUGGCAUAUCUAGGAUGGAUUCCAGGGACUUUGAUGUUGUUGUUAUCAUGGGGCCUAACCUUAAACACAAUGUGGCAGAUGAUUCAGCUCCAUGAGUGUGUUCCGGGUACCCGAUUUGAUCGUUAUGUGGAUCUUGGUAAACAUGCUUUUGGACCAAAACUUGGACCAUGGAUUGUGCUGCCACAGCAAUUAAUUGUUCAAAUUGGAUGUAAUAUUGUGUACAUGGUCAUUGGAGGGAAGUGUCUAAAGAAGUUCAUGGAGAUUGCAUGCACCAAUUGCACACAACUCAAACAGUCCUACUGGAUUUUGAUUUUUGGCUCCAUUCAUUUCUUUCUCUCUCAGCUUCCCAAUUUCAAUUCUGUUGCUUCUGUUUCUUUAGCAGCAGCUGUCAUGUCAUUGAGCUAUUCAACUAUAGCGUGGGUGGCUUGCUUGUCCAGAGGUAGGGUUGAGAAUGUGAGCUAUUCAUACAGGCAAACAAGCACAAGUGACUUAAUAUUCCGAAUCUUCAACGCACUUGGUCAGAUUUCAUUUGCAUUUGCUGGGCAUGCAGUAGCCCUUGAAAUUCAGGCAACAAUUCCAUCAACACCUGAAAAACCAUCAAGAAUACCAAUGUGGAAAGGUGCUAUUGGUGCCUAUAUCAUAAAUGCAAUAUGCUAUUUCCCAGUUGCACUUAUUGGAUAUUGGGCAUUUGGAAGAGAUGUUGAUGAUAAUGUUCUUAUGUCACUAGAAAGACCUGCUUGGCUCAUUGCCUCCGCUAACUUGAUGGUAUUCAUUCAUGUUGUUGGUAGUUAUCAGGUUUAUGCUAUGCCUGUUUUUGAUUUGAUUGAGACAAUGAUGAUCAAAAGCUGGAGUUUCCCGCCAGGAUUGCCUCUCAGACUUGUUGCUAGAUCUUCUUUUGUAGCAUUUACACUUACUAUAGGGGUUACAUUCCCUUUCUUUGGCGAUCUUCUUGGGUUCUUUGGUGGAUUUGGUUUUGCUCCUACUUCAUAUUUUCUUCCGAGUAUAAUGUGGCUAAUAAUCAAGAAACCCAAGAGAUUUAGCAUCAACUGGUUCAUCAAUUGGGCUGCAAUAUGCAUUGGUGUGUGCAUUAUGCUGGCAUCCACGGUUGGUGGCUUCAGGAAUAUCAUUGCUGAUGCUUCAACUUAUAAAUUCUACACCUAA